AUUUAUGUUUCCCUUUGUUAUUGGAUUUUAUAAAUGUGUUUUAUAGUUUUAUAUUGGAUUAUUACAUAUGUGUGUUGUGCCUGAGUGAAUAUCGGUUACUCGGGCUAGGUAGGGUCGGGCCGGUAGAGCAUAAGCUCACGGGCGGCCUGAGAGUCGAAAAACGUAGAGCCUGUACGCCAAGAAGACUGAAAUUCGAGCUUGUUUGCCUGCUUUGAUUCGUCCAUUUUGGCCCGGUGGGCUCAGGCAGGAUUGAAUUGGUUAGCUAGUUUAACUAGUAACAACACUAGUGGUAGAUCGAUUUCGAGAUGAAUUAUUCAUGAUGAAUUGGAUAAUGAAAAAUGACUAUUGGAUAGAAUUAGAUUUUGUUGACAAGAAUUUAGAAAUAUCUUGGGAUAACAGCAUCUUAUGAUCAUGUAUUUCAAUAAUGUAAUAUUUUGCUUUUCUUGAUGUAACAAGCCAAGCUUGCAUCCCAACAAAAGCAUACAACUUUAUUAACAAAAGAAGGAGACAGCUUUAAUAAAGGACCUGUCACAUUUGAACCAUCGAUUAUUUUUCCAAUCCUGCAUCUAGCCAGCUUCAUACUAAUUUUUCACUCUCUUAUUAUGAAUGUAUAGUACUAAAAAAUUGCAGCCUACUAUGUUUUGGUUUCAGUUUCGUGAUGGCGGCUUAUGGUGCUGCCAUUUCUCUCAAGAAUACGAUCCAGCUUAUUCUAAAAUCGCCUCGUAUUUCGCUGGUUCCCCCCUCUCCUCAAAUCAUACAACCCGCCUACGACGCCAUGUGUCGGUUGCAGAAAGCUUUGCUAAAAUUGGAUAGCACUGGGUACAGCAAGAUCAGGAUGAACGUGAAUAGUUUGGAUGAACGAAUCAAAGAGUUCAUAUGGGAAUUCGAAGAUUUACUAGAAUCCCUUUUCACCAAUCAGAUUCUUCCAAAGCUUGAAAGCAAAAGAGAUCACUUGUCUUUCUCUGUAGAUCUGCAGAGUCUGCGACUGAAUGUUGAUCACUUCGUCUAUAGGGUGAUGGAGAUGGAGAUGGCAUAUGAUAUUGAACUGAGGUAUAUGUCUGAAGAAGAAGGCGAACCUCUUUCCUCAAGAAUUGAUUUUGCUGGAAUCAACUCAAAUAUGGUUGGAUUAUCUGAUCAAUUUGAAAAAAUCAAGGAUUAUCUUUUUGGAGAAGAUGAAUCUGGAGGGAAUUGGGUAUCAAUUGUUGGGAUGGCAGGGGUUGGAAAGACAACUCUUGCGAAGAAAGUAUUUGAUGAUCCAACGAUUCGGAGAAAUUUUGAGCUUCGAGCAUGGGUCAAAGUGGGCAAAAAAUGUGAAUCCAAUGAAACAUUACGAUGUAUUCUAGCUCAACUGGAUCCUAACACUCGCCACCAAAUGCUUACCCAAGGAUUCGUAGGUGACGACAAGAAAUUAGUUGGACUAUUUGAUGAGAGAUUGAAGGGUAGGAAAUGUCUCAUUGUGUUAGAUGAUGUAUGGGACAGACGAGUAAUGUACAACUUGCUUACGAGCAGGCUCGGAAAUAGAGAAAAUGUCCGAGUCUUGCUCACUAGCAGGCUAUGGUCUGAAAAAUAUCCAUGUGUAAGGGUACGCCUGUUGGAUGAAGACGAAAGUAGGAAAUUGCUUUGUAAGAAGGUGUUCGGUGAAGAGAAUUUUCCUCCCCAGCUGAAGGAAUUGGGAAAAAAAAUUACAAAAAAAUGUGAAGGUCUUCCACUUAUGAUAGUCACAGUUGCGGAGCUUCUAUCUAAAGAAGACAAGACCCCGAAAUAUUGGACUGAGGUAGCUGUAAAACAAAAUAAUUUAGUUUUCAUGGAUGCAUACAAUCAAAUAUCAGAGUUUCCAUUCUCAGUUUCCGUUCUCAAUUGGGAGAUGGCGGCUUAUGGUGCUGCGGUUUCUCUCAAGAAUACCAUUGAAAGUCUUCUACAAUCGUCUCGCAUCUUGCUGAUUCCUCCCUCUCCACAGAUCUUACAAUCCGCCUACGAUGCUAUGUGUUGCUUGCAGAAAGUUCUACUUAAGUUGGAUGAGACGAGCUGCAGUAAGAUCAGGACGAAGGUGAAUGAUUUGGAUGAAAGAAUUAAAGAGGCCGUAUGGGAAUUCGAAGAUUUACUGGAGUCCCACUACACGAAUCAGAUUCUUCCACAUCUCGAACGCUCGUCAGGAGGUGAGAGAGAUCGCUUGUCUUUCUCUGUAGAUAUGCACAGUCUGCGGCAGAGUGUUGAUUGCUUCAUCGAGAGGGUGACGGUGAUGGAGGCAGAGUACGAUAUGGAGCUGCUGAAUAUGCCUGAAGAAGAAGAUGAACCUCUUUCCUUAAGAAUCGAUUUUCGUGGAAUCAACUCAAACAUGGUUGGAUUGUCCGAUCAUUUUGAAAAAGUGAGGGAUUAUCUGAUAGAAAAUGAAGGGAAUCAGUUAUUAAUUACUGGGAUGGCGGGGGUUGGAAAGACUACUUUUGUUAAGAAAGUAUUUGUCGAUCCAUCGAUUCAGAUUCAUUUCGAGCUUCGAGCAUGGGUCAAAGUUGGCAGAAAAUGUGAAUCUAAUGAAACAUUACGAUGCAUUCUAGCUCAAGUGGAUCCCAGCACUCGCAACCAAAUGCUUGCCCAAAGAGACGACAAGAAAUUACUUCAACUCUUGAAAGAGAGACUCAAGGAUAAGAAAUGUCUCGUUGUGUUGGAUGAUGUAUGGAAAUGGGACACACAAUUAAUGGAUAGCUUGAGAAAAAAGAAUGUCCAAAUUUUGCUUACAAGCAGGCUAAGAAUUCAAAAUUCUCCAAUUUCUCUUGAACUAUGCUUGUUGAAUAAAAAAGAAAGUAAGAAAUUACUCGGUGAGAAGGUGUUUGGUGAAAAAGGUUUCCCACUUCACCUUGAGGAAUUGGGAGAAAAGAUUGCAGAAAAAUGUGAAGGCCUUCCACUUAUGAUAGUAACAGUUGCAAGUCUCCUAAGAAAAGCCAAUGAGAGUAACCGAGAAGAGCUUGACAAGACUAUCCACAAAUAUUGGACCGAGGUAGCUGAAACACAACAUAAUUCAAUCUUCGUGGAUGCAUAUGAUCAAAUUGCAGAGGUACUUUUCCCAAGCUAUGAAUACUCACCGCAAUAUUUGAAAAUGUUUUUUCUCUAUCUCGGAGCUUUUGUCCCAUAUCGUAAUAUUUUACUACACAUGAACCUCAUUUGUUGUAUAAGUGCUGAGGGGUUUCUUGAACCACCUGGAACACAAAUUUUGAAAGAGAAAGGGUUUGAACAUGUUGUGUCUUGUUGCCUGGAGGUGCUUGCUAAACAUUUCAAUCUUCUUCUGUGGAAUCCCGAACGACUUUCUUGGUUUUCAAAUGGAGAUUGUCGUGUGCAUUCUUGUUGGCAGCACUUGUGUAGGAAAGAAGCUAGUAAAAUCAAGUUUUUGCAUGUUUUACAAAGUUGCAAUGAAGAUAUGAAAGGCCACCGUCGGUUGUGUGUCCAUUCCAACACUUUAUUUGCCAUCAAACAAGUGUAUGAUUCAAUAAAAAGUGAUUGUCCAUCCACUGUCCGUUCUCUCCUCUGUUAUGGUCCUUUUCACCCUUAUCCAGUGCCGCUACAUGCCAUGGAUUGCAAGUCGCUCAGGGUACUACAUGCUUUUAUGGUCCGAUUUUAUCAGAUCCAACCCGAAAUUCUAAAACUAGUUUGUCUAAAGUAUCUUGCCCUAACUUGCAACACCGAGCUCCCUGCUUCCAUAUCCAACCUUUUACACCUUCAAUUCUUGAUUAUCAAUCCAUAUGUGCACAUUAUAAAGCGCGGAGUUCUGCCAUAUAUGCCGAUGGAAAUAUGGGACAUGCAAAACCUACAAGUUAUUAAUGUCAAGGGAAGGGACAUAGCAACUCAUUGAAUGGCUUGGCUAAUAUCUCAGAGGAACUCCAGAAUUUGUCGACUCUUGUAUAUGGUGUAACGUACCCUGAUAUGAAGUGGGAGACUAUGGUUCCUCUUUCGAUGUUCCCAUCAAGUCUUACUAUAUUGAAGUUGAGUGGUUUAGGGUAUCCUUGGCAGUACAUGAACGACAUUGGUUCGAUGCUACCAAAUCUUAUUAUCCUCGGGAUAGAACAUUAUGCCUUUCGAGGCCCAAAGUGGGACAUAGAAUCGAGCUGUUUUUUGAAACUUGAGUCACUUAUAAUUGAAGACGCCGAUUUGGUGGAAUGGAGAGCUAAACAUGGAAGCCUCCCAUGGCUUAAGCUCCUAAGCCUACGACAUUGCUACAAAUUAAAACAUCUCGAUUGGAUGCGUGAUUCCUCAAUGGUCACACCAGCAGUUGAAUUAGUAGACUGCAAUCCCUUAGUUUACAAAUCUGCCGCGAAAUUACCAGAAUCUCUCUUUGUAUUACGUCGCUACCGUUCUUACUUGUUAUGAGAAGUCGCUCAGAACUCUCAUUUUGGUUAACAUGUUAGCCUUCUUACUUUUUUUAUUUUUAUCUAAAAUGUUUUGUGCUUGUCAUUGAAACUUGACAUAUUUUUGUUAGUAUAUUUUAUUAUUGUUUUUCAGGCAAAUGAGAGGAAUAAAAUGGAUCAGAUGUAAAGUGUAUUAUGAUGUUGUUUCCUGAAUUCAAGAUUUGUUGGAUUUUGUUGAGAAUUAUGAAACCUGAAUGCUGAAUUAUGUUUGUAAGUCA